AUGCUUAAUAAAUUGAUCAAGAACCUCUUGAAUAAUAACAAGAUAUAAAUGUUAAUACUAUUGAAUAAUAAGAAUUGGAUCAAGUCUAAUCAAUUGGAGAUGGAGCUGUUCUCGAUCUCUAAGAAGAUAUUCAAACUAUUCUCAAUAACAAUCAAGAAAAACCAGACUAAAUUGAUAUCUCAGAAUUAUAUGUACACCAAUUUAGAAAUCAAUAUGCAUUAAUCUUGCAUCCAUUCCCAUUAAUGGAUGGUUAGAUGUUGUUAUGCAAACCUAUUGAGAAUCAUAUAAAUGAUUAUAGUUGUAUUAAAAGAGGAAGAAUAAAUUCAUAUAAAAAGAGUAGUGCAUAAUCAAAUUGUGAAGGAUUGUAUGAACAUUAAUUAGAUAUAUUUAAAUCAAUAACAAUAUAAGAUUGUGAGAUUGUUACAAAAAUAAUAAAUAAAUGUGAUGCUUUGGCUGUUUUGAAUAUACUACCAUAAGAUUUAGAAUCAUUUUUACCAUUGUCUAAUGGACAUUAUUCAAUAGUUCUUAGAUAACAUGCUGAAUUGAAUAAAGUGAAUAAAAAACUAUUUAAAUUUUUGAAUGAAAAAAAAGUAUAAGUAAACUAUAAAUAAUUGAUGCCAAUUGAAGAGUUUAUACUUGAUUAAAGAAGUUAAUGUUAUGAAGUUUAAAGGGAAAUAUUUAAACGUAAAUAAUUAAUGUUAUAUUUAGUUAAAUCUUUGGAUAUUCAACAUUACUUUGCAUUUCCAUCAUAAAUUCUAACCGCAGAAUCUGUGAUGGAUAUCAUUUUAAAAAUUUUAUCAAUAAUAUUGGAUAAUGAUUAAAGUAUAAUAAUUAUUGAUAUUUAGCUGCUGCAUUGAAAAUGGGAUUUAAUUUGUUAAUAAGUAAGCACAUAAUAUUUUUAUGUCCAACAUACUCUAAUUAUGAUAAUAUAGAUGGAUUUAAAUUACAUCUUUAGGCAUUUACAGCUAUGGGUUUUCUAAAUCUACCAACUGGAAGUUCAUCAAUCAAUUUCUUUGAUUUAUUGUAAAAAGCGUAGGAAAAAGUCUAAUAAUGA